GGCUCUUUCUCAUUGUAAGUUUUUGAGUUCUUGUAGGGGGAGGGAGAGAGACAUCUAAAGAAAGAGAUCAUGGCUGGUUUGAUUGAUAAGGCCAAGGAGUUCAUCGCCGACAAGAUCGCUGACAUGCCGAAGCCGGAGGCAACCAUGACCGAUGUGUCGAUAAAGAAGUUUACUAGGGAGGCAGCCACCUUCGACGGCGAGGUCUCCGUUAACAAUCCUUACAGUAAAAGGCUCCCCAUCUGCGAGAUCUCUUAUACGCUGAAGAGUGAUGGGCAGGUGAUCGCGUCGGGCACGAUUGCCGACCCAGGAUGGAUCGAGGCUAGCGGCGUAACGAAGCUGGAGGUUCCGAUCAAUGUGCCGUACAACUUCUUGGUGAGCUUGAUGAAGGACAUCGGGAGGGAUUGGGACAUUGACUAUGAGCUAGAGGUUGGACUCACCAUUGAUCUCCCUGCAAUCGGAAAUUUUACAAUCCCUGUCUCUAGUAAGGGAGAGAUGAAGCUCCCUACUCUAUCCGACUACUUCUGAAGUCAUGUGGGUGUAUUAAUAACGGUGGAAUUUUACUUAGUCAUGUUAUGCUAUUUUUCUCUCAUCUCUCUUUCUGUUUUCCAUUAUUAUUUUUUUAUGAGAACUAGUAUGCACUUGAGCAUGCUAAGAAACCAUACGGGUUGAAACA